AUGAAGUACAUCGACGAUGAUGUCCGCCGCCGCCACACCUUCGACAAGCGCAGACAAAGGCUUUUCCAGGAGGCAAGAGAUUUGUCCAUCCUAUGUGGAACUGAGUAUGCGCUCGUUGUCGCUUCGGACUCGCAAAUCUUCACCGAAGCGUCCCCGAAUCUCGCCGGAUUGCUCUCCGAUGAGGGAAGGAAUGCUAUCCUUGAUUGCCUGCAUGGGAAGGUUGGAGAGAGCGACGCUGCGGAUGGAGCGAGGGCGAUCAACCAAAGUCCUUCUCCACCGGCCCCGGAUAUUGAGAAUAGAGCGGCAGUCUAG